AGCAGUUUCUAUAGGUCUCUUGUGAAUAUCUGGGAUUCAGAUGAUGAUAUAUAGUCCUGCUGUGUAAUGCUUUGGGAUAUCUUGAAGGACAGAUUAAAUGACCAGCACUGGAGGCCAAUAGAGCUAUUAAGAGUUUGUUCAUAAGGAAAUCUGUUAAUCCGUCGUAGUUACAUUUGAAGCUGCACACUAUCAAAACUAUUCUAUGUGCUUGCCGUAGUCUAGUAGUAUCAGUGUUUGAUCAACAGAUAAUUGAGCUACUAUAAAAAAUUUUAGAAAACGGAGCUGUGCCUAGCCAUUUUUUGUUUUGUAUGAUUUUUCUUCUAAAAACAAACUGAAAAGAGAAUUAAGGAAAACUUGAGAGAAUUGUUCUACAUCCAAAAUGAUACCCUGUGGACCAGUUCUGUCAUUUGUUCGGUGUCUGUUGCGAAGAAAAAUUGUCACUACGGACAGUCUUGAGGAUUCCAAGCUAUGCCGAUGUUUAUCCACUGUGGACCUUAUCGCUCUGGGAGUGGGAAGCACUCUUGGUGCUGGUGUUUAUGUACUUGCUGGAGAAGUCGCAAAAGCAGAUUCUGGACCUAGUAUUGUUAUUUCUUUCCUCAUUGCUGCCUUGGCAUCUGUGAUGGCAGGUCUUUGCUAUGCUGAGUUUGGUGCUCGUGUUCCCAAGACUGGUUCUGCAUAUUUGUAUACUUAUGUAACUGUUGGUGAACUGUGGGCUUUUAUCACUGGCUGGAAUCUCAUUUUAUCAUACGUUAUAGGUACAUCCAGUGUAGCAAGAGCGUGGAGUGGCACCUUUGAUGAACUCCUUGGAAAACAAAUUGGUCAGUUUUUCAGAACCUACUUCAGAAUGGAUUUUUCUGGUCUAGCAGAGUAUCCAGACUUCUUUGCAGUAUGUCUGAUAUUGCUUCUGGCAGGUCUUCUGUCUUUUGGAGUAAAAGAAUCUGCAUGGGUGAAUAAGAUCUUCACUGCUGUUAACAUCUUGGUUCUCCUCUUCGUUAUGAUUUCUGGCUUUGUGAAAGGAGAUGCUGACAACUGGAAAAUAAGUGAAGAAUCUCUCAUAAAUCUCACAACACAAACAGGAAAUUAUUCUUCCUAUAAGAACGUGACAAGCAUAUUUGGGGCUGGUGGUUUUAUGCCAUAUGGUUUUACAGGAACAUUGGCUGGUGCUGCAACAUGUUUUUAUGCCUUUGUGGGAUUUGAUUGCAUUGCAACAACUGGGGAAGAAGUCAGGAAUCCUCAGAAAGCUAUACCUAUUGGAAUUGUGACUUCCCUGCUUGUCUGUUUUAUGGCCUAUUUUGGUGUUUCAGCAGCUUUGACUCUUAUGAUGCCAUACUACCUUCUAGAUGAGAAAAGUCCUCUUCCUGUAGCAUUUGAAUAUGUUGGAUGGGGUCCUGCAAAGUAUAUUGUAGCAGUGGGAUCCCUCUGUGCUUUGUCCACAAGUCUUCUUGGAUCCAUUUUCCCAAUGCCACGUGUAAUCUAUGCUAUGGCGGAAGAUGGGUUGCUUUUCAAAUGUCUAGCUCAAAUCAAUUCCAAAACGAAGACUCCAGUUAUUGCUACUUUGUCAUCGGGUGCAGUAGCAGCUAUAAUGGCAUUUCUUUUUGACCUAAAGGCUCUGGUGGAUAUGAUGUCUAUUGGUACACUUCUUGCUUACUCGCUUGUAGCAGCCUGUGUUCUCAUCCUCAGGUACCAACCCAAUUUGACCUAUGAGCAACCAAAAUAUUCUCCAGAGAAAGAGGCUCUGACGGGAUCAGAAAGGGAAUCUCAAAUUAGCAUGCUUCAGGGGCACCACUUCAGUCUUCAGACAUUGAUGAAUCCAUCCAGUUUGCCUACAGAGCAGUCUGCCACUACCGUUAGCUUUUUGGUGGGUCUAUUAGCUUUUCUGGUGUGUGGGUUGAGUGUUCUGACCACAUAUGGGAUUCAUUUUAUUGCUAAUAUGGAGCCUUGGAGCAUUGGUCUUCUUGCUGUGUUGGUAGUACUCUUCAUAGUCAUAGUUCUCACCAUGUGGAGGCAGCCUCAGAACCAGCAGAAAGUAGCCUUUAUGGUUCCAUUCUUGCCAUUUUUGCCAUCCUUCAGUAUCUUGGUGAAUAUUUACUUGAUGGUACAGUUAAGUGGAGAGACUUGGAUCAGAUUUAGCUUCUGGAUGGCUUUUGGCUUCUUUAUUUACUUUGCAUAUGGCAUCAGACACAGUCUUGAAGGUCAUCCUAGAGAUGAGGAAGAUGAAGAUACUUGCUCAGAAAAUAGUGGAAUACAGGAAAAGAACCCUGUGGAAGAAGCAGAUGAACAUACAAACGAAAACGCUCAGUUUAUUACACAUGAAAGGACAAGUGAAUGUUAAUGUUGCAAACAACCUUAACGUGCAUGUCUCUUAAGUAGUAGUAAACUCUGACUGAAUGUAGUUGCUGAACGAAAUUGUAAGAAGGUAGCUGCCAGCAGAUUGACAGUAAUUUGUUUGUGCAUCUUGAAAGUGCCUACCACAAAGCGUGACUGACAUGUUGAACUAGCUGCUAAUACCUCUUGGAUACUUCAGAUCCAAUCACAUGAAGACAUUCUUCAGUGAAAAAUUGAUAUCCCAGAUGAAAACAUCAAGGAAAAUGAGGGGAAGGACAGACUUCCAAGGGGAUAACCGUACCUUUGCUAUGCUAAAAUUUGGGGGUGUUUUGAUUGCACCAUUAUAUACAAUUAAUUGGUGAUGACAAAGUAUAAAGAGUUUUAGGAUUGCUUACAAAAGAGUGCCCUGAACAUUUUACGUUUUAUGAAGAAAGCAACUGCUUUUCAUAUGUUCUCGUUAUCCCUGUUUGUUAAAAUACUUUGUUAUGGUCUGACAGGGUAUAAUGAAUAACAAAGUGACGAUACUCUUUGAUCAUUCAAAUAUUGAAUUCCUUCUUAUUUCUUUACAGGGAACUAAUGAGAGAUUAAUUGGGAAUAGGUCUAGAGCAGUGGUUUUCAACCCCUGGCACCUGCAGACUAUGUCUAACUAAAGAAAAUAACGUUUCAGAUGCCAGAAAAGGCAUUCUGUUUUUCUGAUCAAUCAAAAGUAUGUGAAUACGCCCAUCUAUAGGUCAAAGCCUGGAAGUGUUACUGUUACCAUAGAAGCCCACAGUUUAGUGCCCUUUGUGCAUCAAAUACUGUACCAAGCACAUGCAACAUUUAUAGUUGAAUUCUGUUCAGUCAGUUUUCAGUGUAAAACUUCCAGGGUAGGGGUCUAUGGACCACAGGUUGAAUUUCCAAAGGGGUCCACACCUCAAUUCAAAAUUUUUAGAGGUCUUUAAAUCAAAAAAGAUUGAAAACCACUGGUCUAGAAAAUAAUCUGCAAAGCUUGUUUACAAAUGGUAACAGCACAAAUCAGACACUUUUAACAAAGUAGAGUAUAGUAUAUUUAUAUCAAAGUAAUAAGGAGAUGUUCAGUUAUUCUUACCAGUAAGCAA